AUGGAGUUUUCGGCCAGGCUGCGAGGGGGACUGGCGAUCGGCCGGGCGUCGAUCCCCGAGCUGAGGUGGCGUCGGGGCGGUUGCGCGACUCAGGUGCAUGCCUGCGGCGGGCCGCGGUUUGUGGGGCGCGUCGCAUCGCGAGAGGCGGGGAAGCGCGGGAGAGUGGCGGCACGGGCGGCCGAAACGGGGGCCGAGCAGGCCACUGCGAGGCGGGAGGCCAACGGGAGCGGUCGCCAGCUGGUGGUCGCCGUGGACGACUCGGAGGAGUCGGAAAAGGCGUUGAGGUGGACCGUGAACAACUUCUACCGAUCGGGUGAUGUCAUCCACAUUCUGCACGUCAUUCCUUUCCUUCCUGGCCAAGCUGUCGCUGGGGCAGUUUACUACUCUCCACCUCCAUCUGAAGAAGUGCAAGAGCGCUUGGUCGACGAUGCAGAGGAGUUCAUCGACAGCAGGUUUAGGCCGCUGCUGGAGUCGCUUGGCAUUUCCUACGAGGUGGACGUCAUACAAGAAGAGAGCUCGGAGACCAUAGGCGAGGCAGUGUGUCACUCCGCUGUCGAACUUCGCGCCUCCGCCAUCGUUGUGGCCUCACACAAGAAGAGUGCUCUGGCGACGUUUAUUCUAGGGUCGAGCAGCAGGGAGGUCGCUGGCAAGUCAGACUUGCCUGUGCUUGUGUUUCAUGGCUGA